AUGAAGGUGGUUCUUGCGGUCCUUGCUGCAGCUAGUCUGGCAUGGGGAUAUAUCCCAGCAGAGGGGACGAACGAUACGCAGCAGCUGAAUCUGGCUGAUGCGUCGAGUUUAAAACUUGCCUCCCCAAUUUACACUGAGGAGGUUUCUUACCAGCUGGCACGCACUGGGUCCAGUGGUUUUCAGUUGGGGGCAUUUGUUCAUUUCGACGAGAGCUCGUUAAGCGAUCCGGAUAAUUCGUACACACCAACACCUUGGAUUGCCAUGAUCUCGUGCGACAAAAACUCAACAAAUGCAUCGAACGAUACCGACAUUUUCACGAGUGCUAGAGACAGGGGGGCUGUUGCCGCAUUACUGUAUUCGACCAAGUCCCAGGCGUGCCUCAUCAACCCCUCGUAUUCUGAUGCAGACGAGUUUGACCGUAUUCUCGAUAUAUUUGCGACUAAAGAUAAAUUCGCAGCACGCUUGAUCGAGAGUCUCUUCACCAACGUUAACAAGACGUAUCGAUCCUUCAACUCGAAGCUUCUCAACGAGUCCUAUCUUGCUAUCAACAACACGGACUCAUUUGCGCAAGUACCGUUCCUGAUGGCUUCCCUUACAGCUUGGAAUGCCACGUCCACUUCGACCAACACUACCCACUCCAGCCCCCCUCCAAGCACCACCAGUGAUGAUAACAAGCCCAACACAGGUCUCGCAAUGAUCGUCCUCUAUGCUAUCACAGGAUGCGUUUCGCUCUUGUUUUGCGUGGUUAUCCUUAGUGGAGCGAUCCGUGCGAUUCGACACCCCGAGCGAUAUGGGCCUAGGAGUGGUGAUCCAAAUCUUCAUGGGCCUGGAAGCGCACCUCAAACUCGUGCUGCUGGUCUCGCCCGUGCGGUUCUUGACACAUUCCCAGUUGUCAAGUUCGGUCGACCCUCGGCAACUACGAACCAAUCGUAUGAAGCCAAGGACUAUGAGACAAAAGAUGUAGAGAUGACAAGGACAAGCGGAUCGGCAGCGGAUCUCGAGAGAGGAAUGCCCACGGUUAAACCGGUUGGUACCUUGGUCCACAGCUCCACGCCCGACGAAUCCAGUGGAACCCAACCGUCCCAGCCUGUCGCAUCUGGCUCCUCGCCUUCGUCGCCUACACGAGGCGACAAUUUGACCCGUGUGGCGAUCGGCGUGGAAACCUGUCCGAUCUGUAUUCUGGAUUUUGAAGACGGUGACGAUCUGCGUGUACUUCCUUGCGAGGGUCGGCAUAGAUUCCACCGAGACUGUGUCGACCAAUGGCUGCUCGAGCUUUCGAGCUCUUGCCCUUUGUGUCGUGAAGACUUCGCUGCCCUGGAGGCUAUGGCCGCUGGGAACCAUCCAGAUGACGUUCCUGAGGAAUCUGCACACGGCCAGGCGCACGGUGGGAGCAGGUUUUCCAAGUACCUACGUUUCGCAAGACACCGUCGUGAACAGAGUCGAAGCGCCGAGGCUGGGACUGCUCCAAGCGCCGUCCCCCAGACACCCACGGACCCCGACCAUGAGACUUCGGCGGGCUGGCGUCCGCGUGCUCAUCCCAGUGGGAAUGAGCCCCACUCGUGA